AUGCUGUUUGGUUCGCCCUCUCAAGUCCUUUUGAGGACACUGCUGCGGCUUGCAGGAUUCUUGACACUUUCAUGGGCACAACAUGCUUCGCCUGCCUGGCGCGCCUGUCGAAGAAACCCAAUGUCACGACCUCACUUGCCGACAGGAUUGCCUUCGCAAGGGCGGCGCUACAGGACACGAUUGGGCACGUCGGAGCUAAUGGUCAGUUUCCUGACGCAGACUAUGUUGUUCCGGCAGUCUUCUACUCACAGCUCGCGGCAUUCGAUGCCGCGACAGGCAGCCAACAAUAUCACGAUAGUCUGGUGCAAUACUUUCAGCUUGCAACAACAAUAUCCACAAACUUUGUAAACCCCGAGAACUACGGUUAUGCCGCCGCUCAAGCCUAUGUUACCUACAAAGACCCUGUUUUCCUUGAAUAUGCAAUCGGAGUCUGGAAUAUCAGCAACCAAUAUACCCUUUCUCAAGACGACAUCGACGCAGGCAGACAAAAGAGUGGUCUGAAAAACUUCGAUUUGGCAAAAACUUGUCACGGCAAAACAAUGGCUGGAGGGACUUUCGGGACAACGGCGGUAUCUGACUCUUCGAUUGCUGGCCUGUCGACCGGGCAAUUUGCAAUUCUUUCCGCGCUCUUGGCUGCAAGUACCUCCGAACCUAAAUACCUUACUGCUGCACAGCUCUCGAUAGCGUUCAUGCAGUCGCACUGGCUCAAUCCACAGAACAUCAUGCUGGACGGAAUUUCGGGCCGCAACAACGAUUCGUGUUCAUUAACCACGGCAUUGCAGCCAUAUGACUCGGGAAUGGCGAUUGAAUCACUGGCGAUUGUCGUUGACAUCACCACGGACUCUGCGUCCCGGAGCCUGUUGACCUCACUCAUUGAGGCUGCAAUAACUUCAACAGCAUGGCAAGGAGCAGAUGGAAUCAUCUCGAACCGAGCACACGAUUCCGGCGGCGAUGUCUCCCUUGCUCGUGGGCUUAGCGCUGCGUAUGAUCGCAACGCGACUACUUUGCCGCUGCGAGAAUACAUCAAACAUUAUUUCGCUUUCAAUGCCGUCGUUGACCUUGCGCGGUCUCAGGGCUUGGAUUCCAACAUUUACGGACAUUGGAUUGGACCUGCAGCAGCAACGUUCAGCUCAAAAGACCAGACAACAGCCCUCGCUGUACUUGUCGCCGCAAUCGGGCUGAAUAAUGACACCCAACCACCUACUUCCUCUUCCGUGACUUCAAUUGGGCUGCAGAGUCACGGUGACACUCCGCAACCUACAUCUUCUUUUGUAACAUUUAGUGGAGGGCCGACGUCGACAAGCUCAACUUUAAGCCCCAGCACAACUCAGGCUCCUAGUCCUCCGUCCACUCGUCAUUCCAAAUCGCACAUAGGCCAGCUGGUGGGCGGCAUUAUUGCGGCUGUUUUGACCGUCAUACUGCUGAUUUUCAUGGGAUCGCUGUUCUAUAUUCGCUGUCUACGGAAAAACUCGGGAAGUCUGUUAAUCGGCUCACCACCAGACUUAGUACCAUUCCGAAUCGCCCAAAUCCGUCCGGAUAGCAACCUGCCUUUGACCACCAAAUUUAGUCCCUUCACCUCUCAUAUCUCUCAGGCAGCUUCCAGUGGGCUGACAGGUGCCGCGAGUGCUCCUGUCGCAAGAUAUAACUGGGAGAAUCUCCUGCAGCCCAAACAGCCAUGCUCGAUGCAAUCGUCGUCACUGGCAGAACGAAGACCAAGUCAGCUCAUAACACCCUCAAGAGGGUCUGCGAAGCCCGUGCGUGUACUGAAUUCCUGGCUCCAUCGCCGCGAUUCAACGGUGUUGGACGACGACGAGGCUCCCCCCGCCUACCCGGGGACCGACGUUGGUGAAAUUAUAUAA